CUGCUCGCGACGCUGCACGUUGAGCUCGGCCUCGCUCUCGCUCUGGGCGGCACUCGUCCUCACCAUCUCCUUGCUCUGAGCUCGGACAUAUACCAGCAGCUCGGGGAAGCUGCGUCGGUCCAUAUCUGGCGGUCCGGUCGCCGGAACCACACCAUGUCGUCUUCCGUCUCUCCAUUCACCGCCCUCCCCGCAAUCCGCGCCUCUCUCCUCCAUAACCGUCCUGAAGCGGUCCCAGCAACAGAUGAACUGGAGCAGCUACACGCAGAGCUUACCUCGUUUAAGCAGAAGAGCCUCGAACGCGCCAAGAAGGCUAGUGAUGACAUGCGCGCCAUCGAGGAAUCCAUGCGACGCCUCAAAGAGAAGGAGAAGGGCAAAGCUAAGGCUCUGCAGAAGGUGGAGAGGGAGCGCGGCUUCACGCCGUCUGUUAACGGCGACGAGAGUCGAGCCUCUUCACAGCCUCAGUCACAGCAAACGAAGAACCGUUUGUCCUCAUUACCCGCCCCCGCCAUGCCUGUCCCUUCUCAGGGUUCUAUAGACCCUCGGAAACGUGCUGCCGAGGAGUUGAAGAAGAAGAACAAGAAGAAGCGGAAAUUGGACGACUCCAGCGAUCUUGAACCUGACCCUCCCAAAAUGCGGAAAGCGUCACCGCUUCCGCCCCACACACAUCCACAUCCACCGACACAGAAGGCUACGAAAUUCCCUUCGACGUCCAGCGUGUUCAGCAAGCAAACCUCUGGCCCCGAUUUCGCAGUUCCGCCCACCGUAUCACUACUGCCUCAACGACCACCUGUCGCGCCGCGGCCUAUCGCCGGGCCUAGCAAACCUACCGACGUCGCGGACGACUUCAGCAAGAGCAAGCAGCCGAACCAGGUCCAGGUCACGACGUUCUACACGAGCAUCGAGCCGUGGUUACGGCCUAUCAAGGAAGAAGACGUCGGGUUUCUACAGUAUACUGGCGACGAGCUCGAGCCGUUCAUUCUCCCUAAGAUCGGGCGACAUUAUUCGCAACUUUGGGAGGAAGAGGAUAUGGCGUUGUAUGGCGGACCUUUGCCGGGUACCGCUGCGGUGCGUCCGACAUAUCAGGCGGGUUCGUCAGGUGCCCUACCGAAGUGGGAGCCGUCGACGCUCGGAGACAUUGAUUUGGUGACGGAGGAGCGGGGGCACGGGCCGCUCACGGAGCGAGUCGUGAGCGCAUUAAUCCCGAUGCACGACGCGACGGAGUGGAAGGGUGUGAAGGCGGCGGAGGAGGCGAUGGAGGGGCGACCGGGGACGAACGGCGCGGCUGCGGCAGCUGCGCGCGACAAGCUCAACGUCGCAGACCUGGAGGACCGUAUGCGGAACGUCAUGCGAUUUCAUGGCCUGCUUGAUGACAUUCCCGACUAUUCGGAAGCAGUCGACGACCCUAUCGCCUCCGCGCUCCGACACGCGCAGCGCGAGCUUCGGACGGUGCUCGCGACAAACAAAGCACGCCGAUUGCGACUCGCCGCUAUCGCGGAGGACCGCCUCGCUCACCAGGAGUACGUCGACGGCCGGGACGCGCUUGACAAGAACAUCACCACGCUCUACUCGAAGCUGCAGAAGAAGGACGGUCCGAAGGUGAACAAGAAGAAGAAGCAGAAGGGCGACCCCAUGUAUGGUGCUGCGAACGGCAUAUCCCUUACCGGCACUGCGGCACUUCCCCCUUGCCCUGCCGCACUUGGACUCAGCCCUGACGAUCACCAUCAACUCCAUAUCCCAGACCAGCUGCAGGAGCUCGUUCGCACACGACGGAACUGGGUGGACGCUAUCGGCGGGGUCUUCGAGGAGAAGGAGCGCGACCAGCCGGGGCGAAUAUGGGGCUUCCCGCAGGAGAGCGUCUACGCGGGCAUCGAGGACGAGGUUCGGGAGAACCUGGCGCGUCUACCACAGACCCGGCUCACGGUUCACCCGUCGUUGGCUGCUGCUCCCAACGGGAAAACGAACGGGGUCGUCGCACGGACUACAAAGGGCAAAUCACGAGCGAGCGACGACAUGGAGGUCGGCUGAGUCGCAGCCCGGUGUGGUGCCUCCCGCAGCGCGCGCGUGUGCAUAUUGUCUUGCUUUUUCAGUCUUAUUUGUAUUGCUAUGCCCCCUUGGAUUACUUCACGCUAUAAUCGCCCGGUGUUGACUCUUUACCC